GAAGCAGAAGAAGCAGAAGCAGAAGCUACCAUGAUAGCAGCUUGUUAGCAUCGUUGUGUUCUGCCGGUUUCAUCUGUAAUUCCAUGGAGAAGAAGAGCCGCUCUUAGUUUCUGAGGCUGGGUGAGAAGAUGUAGCCAAUCAGGUGGGAGAUCUCUGCAGCACCAGAAGCCUUCAGUUUCCAGAUCUUCAUCCUGGAGCUCCUGCCCCUCUGACCCGGAGUUCUCUGUCCGUCCGUCAGCCAUGUUGUUUUCUCUGAGGGAGCUGGUCCAGUGGCUGGGCUUCGCUACCUUCGAACUCUUCCUCCACCUGCUGGCGCUGCUGCUCUUCAGCAUGCUGGUGGCUCUGCGGGUGGACCUGCUGAGCGACCGGCUCAGCUGGUGGCUGGUGUUCGUGCCGCUGUUCGCCGCCGACGGCCUCAGCACCUACUUCACGGCCAUCGUGUCGAUCCGGCUGUACCAGGAGAACGAGAAGCGGCUGGCGGUGCUGCGGCUGCUCUGGGUGCUGACGGUGCUGAGCCUGAAGCUGGUCUGCGAGGUUCUGCUGUGCCAGAAGCUGGCCGAGCAGGACCGGGCCCGAGACCUGUGGUUCGGCCUCAUCGUGUCGCCGCUCUUCAUCCUGUUGCAGCUGCUGAUGAUCCGGGCCUGCCGGGUCAACUGAGGGCAGAGCGGCGCCGCGAGAGAUUAACUGCCGACGGAGGGAAGAAGGAAAGAGAAGGAGGAUGUUUCAGAGAAAAACAAAAAAUCAGAUAUUCUGAGAUUAAUCUGAGUUUGAAAAGUUGAAAAUUCCAGAGAAAAGAAUUCAAAUUCUGAGAUUCUCUGAAAUUUUCAGAAAAAAAGAACUCUGACAUUUCUGAGUUUGAGAAGUUGAAAAUUUCCAAGAAAAAUUAAA